AUGCCACCGUUCGACCACCCACCUUCAGCGUUCGUCCAACCUCGCCAGCAAGGAGAAGCACACCAGUUUCCUCUUCCUCCAUCGAGAGGAUCGCUUAACCCACCAAGGUACUGGCAGCCAACGACAUGGUAUGACACCGCCGAGGUGGUCGAGUACGAAGGGCUGCGGUACCAAUGCACAGGGGCCCACGUCUCCGGGGAGAGCCUGACGGUGAGCAUGACCUCAUUCCCUAUUCCGAAGCAGGCUCACGGGUGUGAUGAACAGCCUAGGAAUGCGCUGGCCACGUGGAUUCCUGUGGAGAAGCCAGAUACGCCCGCGCCUCCUGGAGAAUCACUCGCUCUGACCGCCCCUUUCCCACAAGUGCAACUAUGUAACGAAGGAAUGGACGACCAUGGUUUCAUACCGCCGACAGAGCCGCCCCCGGAGUACCCGACUCCUCCUGGCUCACCACCAAAGGUGUACGCGGACGCGAGUGUACAGACGGACAUCUCCUUCCCCCCGGACGUCACUUUUCCCGCAUGGAUGUUUACCGCCUUUCCCCAAUCUGGAAGUAUGACUUUCGCUCCCCCGCCGGGCAACCCAUGGCUUCCCACCCAAGCAACCUUUUCAGGCGCGACGCAGCUACAGCACCAUCCAUUCUCUGCAUCUCAAGCGUACAUCCGCCCCCCACAACCCCCGAUAUACGCACCGAUGCCCCUGCACCUCCCGCUGCGCCUCCCACCCUCCCUCGAGUCCGUCCUCGCACCCAUCUCGGACCCGCUGGACGCGCGGUACCGUUCUGCUCGGACGGCAGAACGCGCCAAGCAGGGGAUGAGCAGCUUCAGGGGCGAAGUAGCGGGCGAAAGAGUCGUAAGGAGUCAUGCUUGUGGUGUGUGGGCGUUCGGCGGGGCAGGGGAACGAGAUCGCGCGCUUGAGAGUGAGAGGGAAGCAGCGUGGAGGGAGUGGGGUACCCGCCCGGAGACUUGGCUCAGAGCUGCAAGGGCUAGGAGAGCAGCUUACGCAGUCCCUGGGGCUGUUAGGCCGCCCAUCCGGUGGGUAUUAGUCGAGGAAGGUCAGAAGAUACCGGAGGACGCGCUCCAGACGGGCGCGGAAGCGACGGGGGAGCCGUUGUACUCUACAAGGGUGUGGUGGCAGGGAGGACUUCAUUUGGGAAAAGCUGCGAACCAUAUCUAUAAUUACGCCUCUAUCUCCUGGGACUCGCAAGAACACACCACCCCAACGUUCGAAGUCCUCUGCGGGCCCUCAACACACGUCCAAUGGCUCGAAAUCCCACACGGAACACGGGUGACCCCUUCCCUCUUCCACACACUGAGCGCCGUGGAAGGAGGGCGCGAAGCAACAGGAACAUUCAUCUUUGUUGCGCAGGGAGAAUAUGGGUUCGGAGGGGCGGUCGGUCUGCAUCCUGGCAAGGCGAGCGCGGGGGACGACCAUGCUUGUAUUGGGUAUGGAGGGGGUGAGGUGUGGAUAAGGCCGUUUAGGCUGUUGGUGUAUACCCCUUCGUCUAUGGGUUGAAACUGGACGGACACUGGCUCCUUGCUUGGCUGAACAUUUUCUGGCUCUCUUACUCUUGUUCCCCCGCGACUGCUCGCUUUUCUCAGCAUAUCAAGCCAACAUACCCCACAUUUCACAGCACACGUGCGCAUACACGUCGAGUCAACGAACGAACAUCUACAGACGGAAACCGACAGACCGACGAACCUCCA